AUGCGAAAAGUAAGGCAACGCAAGACAGGGCAGGCAGGCAAAAUACAAAUUAGGGCAGCGCAUGGCGUGGCAAAGCGGGAAAAGACCAAUCAAGGCAGGGCAGCGCAAGACAAAGAGAGGCGGGGCAUAGCUGGAAAGCGCAUGGCGCAGCAAGGCAUGGAAGCGAAUAGCAAGUCAGGACAGCUCGACGCAAGGAGAGGCACGGCAAACCAAUGCAGUAGAGCGCGAGGCAAUGAGGGGCUCGACAAAAUGGGGCAGAGCAUGACGAAGCAAAGCGGGAUUGGGCAAACAAAAACUGCAUGUCAGGACAAUGCAAAGCAGAGCAGGGCAGCGAAAGCCAAAGCUAGGCAGGGCGGCGGAAAACAAGGCAUGGAAGUGCAAGGCGGCAAGCAGCGCCGAUCAGAUCAGGGCGUCGCAAUGCAAAACAGGGCAGUUCGAGGCAACCCAGGACAGUGCAGCACGAAGCAAAGCAGCACAAUGCACGAACGCAAAAAAAUCAGUGCAAGGCAGGACUGGGUAGCGCAAAGCAGGGUAGGACAGCGCGAGGCAAUGCAAAGACAGGGCAAAUCAGGGCAGGGCAUCGCAGCGCAAGGCAGUGCACAGCAGGACUGGGUAGCGCAAAGCAGGGCAGGGCAGGGCAGCGGAAGACAAGUCAGGUCAAUGCAAGGCUGCAAGGAGGGGAGCGCACAUAAAGGCAGACAGGGCAGUGCAGAGCAAGGCAGCGCAAGAGUAAGGCAGGGCAUGGCAAGACCAGUAGACCGGGCACUGGGAAAUCAGUGCAUCGAAGAGAGGAGCAUGGCAGGGCUGCGAAAGGAAUGGCUGUGCAGCUCAGACAAGGCAGCGCAAGCCAGGGCAACGCAAGGCAAACGCGGUUUUACUUCAGUGCAUAGCCAGGCGGGGCAGCUCAGCGCAGCGCAAAGCAGGGCAGAACGGCGCAGUGCAAGACAAUUCAGGGUAGUGCAAGCCAAAGCAAGGUGGCGCAAAGCACGGCAGGGCAGAGCAAGGGAGCGAAAAACAGAGCAGUGCAAAUCAAUGAAGCGCAAGGCAGGCCAAAUGAAGAAGGUGCAAGGCAAAACAAGGCAAGGCUAG